AUGCCCGAACGUAAAGAUUCAGUUGAUAGUUUUGAUGAAUUUUUUGGUGAAACCAAAACAAAUAAUGAUCAAAAAAAAUCUCCAAUUAGACGUAAAGAAAGCGAUGCAUCAAUUCCACCAGUUGUUAAAUCUAAACCGGCUGUUGAACGUCCUCGAACCCCAAUAACACCAGUAGAACGAAUACAUUCAUCAUCAAAAGGAAAACCAUCAAACGGACAUAAAAAUAAUGCAUCAGAAACAUCAAAUCGAACUGAGUCGGUUCAAUCAAAAGCUUAUGAAUCAGAUUUCGAUAAUGAUAAUGAUUUCGAAGAUGAUGAUACAGCCAUUGAAAGUACACCGAGACGAGACAAAACACAUGGCUCAUUACCACCAAAUCAAAAACGUACAGAAGAAGCUCCACCACGGCGUGGCAGUGAUUCAGAAUUAAAAAAGUCAUUUACAACUAAAAAGUAUACUAAACCAACAAAUGGAAAUGCUCGACCUAAAGAAACGAUUUUACCAUUUAUUCGAUCGCAACAACCUCGUCGAAAUGGCGCUAAUCCAGCAGCUCGUCGUCGUCGAGAUAGUCUUUCAUCAUUACCAAAAAAUGACACGGAACCACGUGGAGCAUCAGCACGAAAUAAUAAAAUAAAAACAUUGGAAUCUCGUUUAGCAGAACUACGUCGUGAACUAGAAAAUCAACGGGUGGAAAAUUCAACAUUACGCACUAUACAAAGACGCGAAGAAAAAGCUAUUAAGAAAUAUGAAGAAAAAGAAUAUGAUAUUCAUCGAAUUGUACGAGAUUUUAGCUAUGAAAUAGAUCAUAUGAAAGAAAUUUUAACCAAUGAACGUGAAACAAAAGGAAAACUUGAAAAACAAAUUGAAGUUCGCGAUGAUAAAUUACGUGAUCAAACAAAACGUUUGAAAAAAUAUGAAAAAAUUGUACAAGAAAAAAAUCUUGAUGAACGUCAUGAAUUACGUGAAAAAUUAAAUGAAGCAGAUAAAAAAUUACAAGAAAUCCAAGAAAAAUUAACUUCACAAGAAAAAUAUAUUGAAAAUUUAGAGAAAAAUCAUCGUCAUGAAAUCCAUCAAGAACUAGCAAAGCAACGUGAAUUAAAACGUCAAAUCGAAACACAAUCACAAAAAUAUAAUGAUUUAUUACUUAAAUUUGAAGAUAAGACACGACAAAUUGAUACAAUGCAUAUUUAUGUGCAACGUGCUGGUAAGCAAUCAUCGGUUUCACCGACAAAUUUAUUGAAAUCGCGCUCAUUACAAUCACUUGAUGAGACAUCACCACGUACACAAGACAAAGUCAAUGGCUACGAAAAAAAACGACGUGAACAGCAGGCACGAGAAAAAAAGCCAAAUGCAAAACAGCGAUCCGUUUCGAAUGAUUCUUCGUCGAAACAGGAAAAGAAAAGUGUUCCACCGAAAAAAACGACAAACAACACUACGGAAACUGAAAAGUCAUCAGCACAUGGACAUUUGCCACCAAAAGGAAAACCUCCUGUACGUCGACUUUCAACACCAAAGAGUGUCGACGAAGAUAGAAGUGAAAUGGACAAUGAAGAUAUAUUUGGAUCAAGACCUAAAAAAUUACCACCGCCAACAACAUCUCAUCGGAGUGAACAACAUCUAUCUCAAGCUCAAGUUCACAAACGUCCAGCAGCACCUGUUCCAUCAGCAACUGACUCCAAAAAUAAUUCAUCAGGAACUGGUGCCACUUUGUCAUCGUCAAUUUUCAAACUGACUGAACCACCUGGACUAUCAAAACCGCGUGCAACACGUCCACUUGAUGACAAAUGGUCGACUAUGUUCGGUAGUAAUGAAAAAGAAGAUCCAGCCAAAGAAGAUCUUCUUGCUAAACUAGUGGCUGAUGAACAACAAGAACGACGAUUAGCUGCUACUACUGGUCAAGCGCCAUCUACACAACGUCCUUCAAUGACUACAUUUGAAUCAUCAACACGUUCUACAGCGACAACACAACCAAUAAAACCAUCAGAGGAUCCAUUUGAAUCUCUUUUCAGUAAUAAUUCUAAUAAACCAACAACAACUCGUACAUAUGAUUCUGAUGAUAUAUUUUCAACUAAACCAUCAACUCAACCAACAAGUCACGCUAAGAAUGAUUCCUUUGAAUCUUUAUUUGGUCCAUCAGCUGCAGCAAAUAAUGCCAAUGGCAAACAAACGACAUCACAAAAUGACAAAUUGCAAAGACCAAAACUUGUUACGAAUGCAACAAGACCAAUACCAAAUAGGACAGUUGUUGAUGAAGUAUUAGGAUUCAAUGCUGAAGGUGAACUAUUUAGUGAUGAAAGUGACAGUUCAGAAAAUGAACAACGAUACAUCAAUACGAAACAAGCACCAUGGAACAAUAUGAAUAAUUUUGGUUCUGGUUAUUCUAAAGACAACUUUAAUGUUUACUUUAUGGGGAAGAAAGUUCCUGAUACCAGUGUUAUAUCAUUCGAAACAGUGGGCAGAGGUUACGCAAAAGAUAACUGGAGUGUUUAUUAUCGAGGGGAAAAAAUGCAAGGUGUAUCCCCAAGUUCAUUCUCUAUAAAUCACUUUGGAUAA